AUGCUCUCUUUUUUCCCCCAAGGACUCUACAGAAAACCCAGUCUGUCAGCCCUGCCUAGGCCAGUGGUGAGAUUAGGAGGGAAUGUGACCCUCCAGUGUGUCUCACAGCUUGGAUAUGAUGGGUUUGCUCUGACUAAGGAGGAACCACAGAAGUUCUCUUGGACCCUAGACUCACAGUACAUAUACUCUAAUGGCAGUUUCCAGGCACUGUUCUCUGUGGGGCCUGUGACCUCCAGACAGCGGAGGACAUUCAGAUGCUAUGGCUAUUACCUGAGUAAACCCCAGGUGUGGUCAGAACCCAGUGACCCUCUGGAGUUCCUGGUGUCAGGAGCACCUGAGACCACCAGACAACCACAAAACAUGUCAGAAGCCCUGACAGUCUCACCACCCCAGGAUCACACAGUGGAGAACCUCAUCCGGUUGGGCAUGUCUGGCUUGAUCCUUACACUUUUUGGGAUUUUGCUGUUUGAAGCUUGCCACAGGCACAGAAGGAUCUUAACUGCAUCCUAGAAGUGAAGA